CAACUGCUCCAGACUCCAGGGCCGUGGUUGAUACUGGGGACCGAUAACGGUGGGGGGUGAGUGGACUGUCCUGGCGACUGGGACCUCGGAGGGUGAGAGUAUGACUGGAUAAGGGCUGCCAUUGACUUUAAAGUUUGCCGCUUCUUCUUGCUCGUUAUCUCUCUUACUUAUCCCGUAUCUGUCGUAGGUUGGGAAUUCCAGUUUCUUUCAGCGAGUUUUCACCAGUCUAGCGGACAAUCGCAUAUAGACCGGUUUGCCGCCUUGACGUCAACCUGGCUCGGGAUUGUUCGUGGACUAUCUAAGCGCCAUUGGACUGCCUCCCACGUCGUACUUCUUCUUACCUUUUUUCCCCCGUAUUUUUUCAUAUUCUCCUCAUCCCUUGCGCCAGCAAUACACGUCGGUGUCUACGGCCACACACGGCAUCUUUGUCUGCCACUGAGCAUUCAGGGUACAACCUUAACAAUCCUUGGCCAGAAGUCUUUGUUCUGGACGGACGCGCGCUCUUGCGCCGCCAUAUCGACUUGUCCGGCCGUCAUUGACACCUGGGCCCGAUUGAAUCUCACCGAGGUCUCGCAGCUCUUGUUCUCCGGUCACAAUGGCUUCCAGACAGCAGAUGGCGCACCUGCGCAAGGUACCUGGUGCUUUGCUCCACGCUUCCCGAGCUUCAAGGCCACUUUUGCGACCUCGCAUUGCAACUGCUUGCUCUACUCCCAAGGCACUCGCACGAUGGGAGAGCACCACGAGCGCCGCCUGGGAAAGCCCGAAACCGACCCUCCGGACACCCGAGUUCCAUAGACUGCCCGACCUGUUCCCUAUCAAUGAGAGCUUCACCAAACGGCAUAUCGGCCCGGACGAUCAGGGCGUGCAGGAGAUGCUCCAGGCUCUUUCGCCCCCUGUCAAGUCGCUUGACGAAUUCGUGGAGCAAGUCAUACCCGCGGAUAUCCGGUCAACCAGGGAGUUGUUUGUGUCUGAGGGAAAGCAGUCUGAGAGCGAAACCAUGUCGAGGGAGGGUCUCCAGGAAUGGGAGGUUCAGAAGAUCGCACAGGACAUUGCUGGGACUCCCAACAAGUCGGAGAGAUACUUCAUUGGCGAAGGAUACUACGGCACUUUGGUCCCUGAAGUAAUCAAGCGCAAUGUGCUCGAGAGCCCGGCUUGGUACACCAGUUAUACGCCCUACCAGCCCGAGAUCAGCCAGGGCCGUCUCGAGUCCCUGCUCAACUUUCAGACCUUGGUGACUGAUCUGACAGCUCUCCCGGUUGCCAAUGCUAGUUUGCUGGACGAGGGAACUGCGGCAGCCGAAGCGAUGGCUAUCUCCCUGAACUCGUUGCCUACGUCGAGGCAGAAGCUGAAAGGAAAGACGUUUGUUGUCUCCAAGUCAACUCAUCCUGCGACAAUCAAUGUGUUGUGCGGACGUGCUGAAGCGUUGGGGGUCGAGGUCGCCAUUAUGGACGUUAACGAGUCCACGCUCGCCAGCCUGCAGGAGUUGGGCGAUAACUUGGUCGGUGUCAUGCUCCAGUACCCUGAUAGGUUCGGUAACGCUGCCGACUUCCGAUCGAUUGCCGAUGCCGUUCACAAGCAAGGCGCGCUCCUCAGCGUCGGAACAGACCUGCUUGCACUUACUCUCUUAACCCCACCGGGCGAACUCGGUGCUGAUAUCGUGUUUGGAAACUCACAAAGAUUCGGUGUACCCUUCGGAUCGGGAGGACCCCAUGCUGCUUUCUUUGCCGUGCAGGAGAAGCUCAAGAGGAAGAUGCCCGGUCGUCUUGUCGGCGUAUCCAAGGAUCGUCUCGGUGGUCGUGCUCUUCGUCUGGCCUUGCAGACACGAGAACAGCAUAUCAGGAGAGAGAAGGCUACCAGCAAUGUCUGCACUGCUCAAGCUUUGCUCGCCAACAUGGCCGCAUUUUACGCAGUUUACCACGGCCCUGAAGGUCUGAAGCGGAUUGCUGAGAGAUGCAACCUUGCUGCACGGGUUAUUUGGGCGGCCGCUACACGCUAUGGCUAUGAAGCCCAGGAGCCGAUUUUCGACAAGGUUACCAUCGACUUGCCAGACAUGGCUGAUAAGUUUUACCGUUUCGCAAUGGAGACUGGGGUCUACGUCAGACCAGUCGGCGAGAGCAAGGUUGCUAUCAGCCUGGAUGAGACGGUCACGGAGGAGGAUUUGACCAGACUUGUUCAGAUUCUUGGUGACUUCCGUUCCUAUCUGGUGCAGCAGUCGGCAAACUCUGGAGAGGAUUAUGCCUCCACUGUCAAGAGCUUGCUCGAGGAGCAGUCCGUCAGAACUGCCAACAUACCCGAGACGCUGAAGAGGACCUCCCCGUACCUGACACAUCCCGUCUUCAACAGCCACCACUCCGAGACAGAGAUGCUCCGCUACAUCCACCACCUUCAAUCCAAGGAUCUCUCCCUGGUGCACUCCAUGAUUCCUCUGGGCUCAUGCACCAUGAAGCUGAACGGUAGCGCUGAAAUGUCGCUCAUCACCCUGCCAGGCUUUGCCAAUGUUCAUCCUGGACGUUUGAAGCAGAACAUCAAGGCGCAGCCGAUUUACACUAUCAUCUACGAGCUUGAGGAGCAGUUGAAGAGCAUUACAGGCAUGGAUGGUGUGAGUUUGCAGCCAAACUCGGGUGCUCAGGGCGAGUACGCAGGUUUGCGGAUUAUCCGUAGCUACCUCGACUCUCAGCGCGGCCCUGACGAUCCUGUCCGUGACAUCUGCUUGAUUCCUGUUUCGGCCCACGGCACGAAUCCGGCGUCAGCAGCUAUGGCGGGCAUGCGUGUUGUCCCCAUCAAGUGCGACACCAAGACGGGCAACUUGGAUCUCGAGGACCUUCGGGCCAAGUGCGAGCAGCACUCCAAGCAGAUUGGUGCCAUUAUGAUCACCUACCCCAGCACCUUCGGUGUUUUCGAGCCGCAAAUCAAGGAGGUCUGCAACAUCAUCCACUCCCAUGGUGGCCAGGUGUACAUGGACGGCGCCAACAUGAACGCUCAGAUCGGCCUUUGCAGCCCUGGUGAGAUUGGCGCAGAUGUGUGCCAUCUUAACCUGCACAAGACUUUCUGCAUUCCCCACGGCGGCGGUGGCCCAGGUGUCGGCCCUGUCUGCGUCAAGAAGCAUCUGGGUCCUCACCUUCCCAUUUCUACGCUCCACAACUACCCCAACCAUACCACAACGCAGGUGACCAGUGCGCCAUUUGGAAGCGCCGGUAUCCUCCCCAUCAGCUGGUCGUACAUUGCUCUCAUGGGCGCCGCCGGCCUCAAGAAGGCCACCCAGGUCGGCCUUCUCAACGCCAACUAUCUCCUCGCCAAGCUCAAGCCCCACUACUCGAUUUUGUACACCAACGAGCACGGCAGAUGCGCCCACGAGUUCAUCCUGGACGUCCGGCCUUUCCAGGCCACCGCCGGCAUCGAGGCGAUCGACAUCGCGAAGCGCCUGCAGGAUUAUGGCUUCCACGCUCCCACCAUGAGCUGGCCCGUGGCCAACACCCUCAUGAUUGAACCUACCGAGUCCGAGUCCAAGGAGGAGCUUGACCGCUUCGUCGAUGCUCUUGUCAGCAUUCGCGAGGAGAUUCGUGAGAUUGAGGAGGGCAAGGCCCCGCGUGAGGGCAACGUCUUGAAGAUGGCGCCUCAUCCCAUGGUGGAUAUCAUUGGCGGCGAUGGCGAGGAGGGAAGCAAGUGGGAUAGACCUUAUAGCCGCACCAAGGCUGCCUACCCGCUGCCUUGGCUCAAGGAGAAGAAGUUCUGGCCUAGUGUGGCGAGAAUUAACGAUACUUACGGAGAUACCAACCUUUUCUGCACCUGCCCUCCUGUAGAGGACACGACGGGCGGUAAUCUGUCUUCUGUUCAGACUUCUCAAUAGACACACAAAUGGGUUUUAGACGGGUGUUGCUCAUAGACAUUUCUUCUUCUGCGUUGGAGUUUAUGGUUUCGAGGGGGCGUGGGUCAAAAAGGCAGGCAAGGGGAGAGUUCAACAAGUAUCUCCCAAAGAGGAAGGGAAGAAAAGGAGAUGGGGUUCAACAAUACGUUCGGGCAUUGAUUGGCUUUUUACAUAUACAAGCCGCAAACGGGAGUUUCUGAGCGGUUUGGCGGGAUCUGGCAGCAUUUUUCUCCUUUGCUUUUCAACAUGCAUGCAUCUCUAGAUACCUUACAUCAACACAUCAUCAGGUGGCUGGCUCUAGGGAGGAACUAAGGGAAAGGCGUUUUUCAACAAAGACGGGGUGGUUUGUCAAAAUAAAUAGUGACAGGACUGUCUUUCUGACUUUUUGUUUUCUUGAGCGUUGGAGUUGUUUGGGUGGAUGGGUGAGCUCAACAUUGUGAAUCGACAGCUGGAACCAACCCCAGGUCUCACGCACUCGGCUGUUCAUCUAUACGAUCCACACUAAGAUCCACGAAAUAGAACGCUUUUUUUCUGUCAAAACGACUACUUAAAUUGCUUCCCA